GCGGCCGGGCAUUUGGCGCAGGCGCAGUGCCCCGCGGCCUAGUCCUCUCCCCCUCCUCCAUUGUGUCGGACGCCGCGCUCGCCGUCCGCCCCGGGGGCCAUGGGCUCGGCCCCGCCGCCUCCCUCCGGCGCGGCCGCCGCCUCGGCCUCGGCCAGCCGCCGCCACUCGUGCUACCUGUGCGACCUGCCGCGGAUGCCGUGGGCCAUGAUCUGGGACUUCUCGCAGGCCGUGUGCCGCGGCUGCGUCAACUACGAGGGCGCCGACCGCAUCGAGCGCGUCAUCGAGCAGGCGCGGCACCUGAAGCGGGCCCACGGGCUGCCGGCCGCCGCCCCGGGCCCGGCCCCCGCGCCGCCGCCCCGCUCCCCCGCGCCCCGCCCGCCCGCCCCGCACCCCCACCGCCUGCUGCUGCCCGACUACCCGCCCCCCGGGCCCGAGCUCCCGGCCGCCCGCCGCCCGCUGCUCGGCCCCGCCGCCGCCCUGCUCGGCCUGAGCCCCGGGCCCGCGCCCUCCAUCGGCCUGGAGCUGGGCCGCAGGCCCGAGCUGGAGCGGGCGCUGCGGGAGAAGCCGGGCGGCGGCGGCGGCGCCUCGGCCCCGGGCGGCGAGGCCUUGGCCGAGCUGGGCCGCGCCCUCCGCCACCGCGCCGAGGAGUGGGCGGGCCGGCCGGCCGCCGUGCGGGACUCGCUGCUCGGCCUGUCCGAGUGCGCUCCCUUCGCCCUGCGCCUGCGGGCCGACCCCUCGCUCACCGCCCGCGUCCUGGCCUUCGACGCGGCUGAGAGGCCCCAGGACCGGGUGCUGGAGCUGCGCUUGCUGGUCGAGUACCCCAGCGGCUCGGGGGCCGUGCACUGCGGGGCGACCGAGGCCUGCCGUCGGAUGCUGAGCGACAGCAGCAAGGAGAGGCCGGGCAGCCCGGGCCUGGACUGCUUGGAGUACCAGAGGAGGUCCGGGGGCUCGGGUGACUGGAGGCCCCUGUCCCAGCUGCUGACCGAGGGCGCCCGCCUCUUCAAGGAGGCCGUGCCCGCCGACUUGAUGCCCGAGCCCCACUCGGGAGGCAUGGGUCUGCCAGGGGGUCUGUCCAGGCCUGGGGCACGCCGCCGCAAAGCCUCGCCGGAUGGGGAGCCCGAGGCGGGCAAGGUGGCGAGCGAGGGGCAGCCCUGGGCGGCCGGGGGCGAAGGAGGGGCACAGGUGGGGCAUUCGCCUGCUGCCCUAGUCAGCAGCAGCGCCGCCGACCCCAAGGAUGCCGGCCAGGCAGUGCACUCCACCACGGCACCCGGGCACAGCGGGCAACGGCGGCUGACCCCCCGCAAUGGCGAGCCCGGUGCCCCCGAGGCCGGGCACGGCGGCGAGGCGCAGGGAGCCCCCGACUCCUCCAACGGCCCCCUAUGCUGCACCAUCUGCCACCAGCGGCUGGAGGACACCCACUUCGUCCAGUGCCCCUCUGUGCCCGCUCACAAGUUCUGCUUCCCCUGCUCGAGGGAGAGCAUAAAGGCCCAGGGGGCGGGCGGUGAGGUCUACUGCCCCAGUGGCGAGAAGUGCCCGCUGGUCGGCUCCAGCGUGCCCUGGGCGUUCAUGCAGGGCGAGAUUGCCACCAUCCUUGCCGGUGACAUCAAGGUGAAGAAGGAGCGGGACCCCUGAUCUGGAGUGCCACUGGUCCGGUGUGUACGACCUGAAGCUGCCUGCACUCUUCCCAAAGGGCUGAGAUGCUUCUCCAACCAAAACUUGAGACAAUGGGAUUGAUUCACCUGGCUGGCAGAGUCCUAGAACAAAUUGACUGUGGUGGGGGUAUCUGCCAAAUUCCACAGCCAUCCCGGCACUGGGCACCAGGGCUCGAGACGUGCUGGAAGGGUGUCAUUGCCAUUUGACAACGGAAUAAUCUUUUUCGAUUGAUAACGUAUCCAAACCUGGAUCCUCCAAGAGACUGCGAUAUGUACGUCAAGGCACGAGGACUACCAUCCAGUCAUUCACGCUGGUCUGAAGUAUCUCUCCACAUUCAUCAAACUCUUUUGGACAUGCAUUUUGUGUAUGUGAGUGUGCGUGUUUAUAUGUCGUGCCAUUUUCCUCUGGUAGUAUGAGGAAGAGUGCCCAAGCAGAUCUGUUGGCCUGACUUUGCCUACUGUUCCCUCGUGCCUGUUUGUGUGUUGCCUGCCCUCGCCUUGGCACUGGUGAAGGUAUGAGCAUUGGUUCCUUGAGAUUAGGGCCCCGGGUUCAGCUCAGUCAUCCUGCUGACAGUCAGAUUUAUAGUUAGCCACGGCCUUUGUCUGCUGGAUCAGAUUUAUGUUGCUGUUAAAAGGAAAAUGGAUGGGACUGUCAAAGCUGUAAAUACAAGUUUGGCAAGGGGUGGUGGGUGUGACUUGUGUUCCUGAAUUAGCCCUCAUUGCCAGGGCUUCUACCACAGCAGUGGCCUACAAGAUCUCAAAUGUUGUCCAGUUUGUGCUGAAUUGUUUGAUCACGACCCUUGGACAGUGAGUGAUUUUUUUUCUUUUAAAUCAACACCCAUAUUAAGGAGUGAGGGAAUUUGCACAGGAACUCGGAACGCUGGUCUGUGACUCUGGCUCGUGGCGUGCUGAUGGUUCCUGCAGAAUAGCACUGUGUGUGUGGCCUGAGAGCGGAGAAAGGCUUAGCUGCCUCCCCAACAUCCCCUGCAGCAGGGAUCAGCAGCUGCCCGACAAGCUGAGGGGAGGUCGACCAAGUGGUGUCUAACGUCUCUGUUUCACCAGCCAGUCAAAUACUCUGCCAGUGUCUGGGGAGAAUGGUCUUGUGUCCUGGUAUCAGAGAGGAAUUUUUUUUUAAAAUAAGAACAAACAGUUAAACCCUGCAGAGUAGUGUCAAGCAUGAAAUGUGUAUCUAAUCCUCCAGAGUUUUAUCGUAUUCUAAAAAAAAAUCACUGCUUCAAAGACAGAUGUAUCUGGUCAACAAAAUAUAGCAUGGACUCCAGACCCCUGAUGAGAAGGUGAACUGUGGCCCUGCUUGUUUCAAGCUUUGCCCCAGUUGUUUUGAUUGGAGAGUGUUGUGGUUAAGUCACAAAAAGACUGCGGUGCUUGGGAACUCUUCCUGAUCCUCUGUUUUGCACCGAGAGUGUGCGCGAAUCGGCCUUGCCUCCUGAAGAGGCAUAACCCGUCAGUCCUUUGCCAUGUGAGCCUGCCUGAGCUACCAGAUGAAUAUGGUUCUGGUAGGCAGCAGGAGUUUGGUGUCAUUGGAGUGGGAUUGGGGAAAUUAAUCAAAAUGUGAUUUAUCAUGACAGACAGUGGUGGUUGCUGUUUAGUUUGAUCAUCUCUUGUUGCGUGUAUCAAAAUGCUACUGUUUGAGAAAAAUAAUUAAAAACUGCCCCCUUGCAAGUAAACCAAUGGUCUGGGAAAGUUUCCAUUGUGUGUCACUGUAAGGAUUUCAUGGUGGUCCGAUUUACCAAUGUGUUGUCUCUCAAUUCCUGUGAUUUGUACAGCCUGCUUGUUCCUCCCUCUCUGUUGUAAUAAUCUGUAAUUAUGUUAGCUUGUGAUAAUCAUGAUUUAACAAUUUUUUUAUAUAUAUUUAAAAGCAAAACAGCUACAAAAUAAAACCUUUUUACUGGG